AUGAUAUUGCAAAAGCCACCUGUCCGGUCCUCGGUAUCGGCCAAUAGCUCAUUUCAAGAUGGGAAGACCACGCCUCAAGACGGCUUGAAUCAAGUUAACGCUAUACAUUUGUCGGACAUAGCUGCAGACCUCUUUUUGGAGGCGGAUCAAGACAGCGAAGUAGAGCUUAUGGUGGAGAGUGAAUCUGUGAGGAAGAAGCUUGAUUGGAUCAUCGUGCCGAUUGUUGCCAUUACGCAUGCUCUCCAAUUCUUGAACAAAACUUCACUGAAUUAUGCUUCGGCUUAUGGGUUGAUAGCUGACGUAGGUCUGGAAGGGCAAAGGUACUCAUGGGUCGCAUCUACAUUCAACUUCGGCUUCCUUUUCUGGUCCAUUCCGACGAACCUCAUUAUUCAACGAGUUCCCAUUGGCAAAUACACUGGAAUAAACAUCCUCAUCUGGGCCUUGCUUAUGUGCUGCCAUGCUGCGGUGACAAAUUAUUCAUCCAUGCUCGCAAUCCGAUUCAUUCUGGGGAUGUUCGAAGCCGCCAUUGCACCGAGUGCCAUGAAUAUCAUAUCUAUGUGGUAUCCACGGAACGAGGCCCCCUUUCGGAUGUGCAUUGUUCUCGGAUUCAAUGGCCUUGCCGCAAUGGUCGGGGCUCUGCUUGGAUUCGGCGUGGGGCACGUGCACGAUGUGGCCAUCCAUCCAUGGCAGCUUAUUUUCAUCGUUAUUGGUGGGAUUAACUUCUUAUGGGGCAUAGUCUUCCUCUUGGUCGUUCCGGAUACGCCGAAGAAUGCCCGUUUUCUAUCUCACCGGGAGAAAGUGGUUGCUACUUGGCGGGCAUCGAAGAGUAUGGUCGGGAUCAAGACAAAAGAAUUUAAGCUGAAGCAGGCAAUCGAGGCCCUUUGCGAUUUCAACGUGUGGUGUACGACCAUACUUGGGGCCACGGCCGGAAUUAUAAUUGGCGGCAUCGGCAACUUUGCUACUAGUCUGAUAAAGGGCUUCGGCUUCCCAGCAACACUUCUGCAGCUUCCUUUGGGAGGGUUCGCAUUCGUGAUGGUUCCGAUCUGUGGCUUUGCGGCCACGUAUUUUGGGAAUUACCGCUGCCUGACCUUAAUCUUAAUUAGUCUUCCCCCUUUGGGCGGCCUGAUUGGAAUUAGGGUCACGAGCCUAGAUCACCGAUGGGUGCUCCUUGGUUGCAGCUGGCUUCAACUCCUUGCACUGGCACUCAUAGUCUUAGUUUGGACGUUGCUCACUGCUAACGUCGGUGGCCAUACAAAACGAUCUGUUGCGAAUGGCAUGUGGUUCUUGUUUUUUGGUGCGGGAAACAUUGGCGGAGCAAAUGUUUUCUUUGCCCGAGAAGCACCGCGAUAUUUCUCUGCAAUUACCGCGCUUAUCGUAUGCUACGGUGUAACGAUCCUAACUGCGGCAACUUUGUGGAUCUAUAUGACUUUAGAGAACAGACGCCGUAACAGAAGGCUGGCAGAGAGCGGCGAGACACUUGAUCAUAGUGAGCGAGAAGCUAUAUUACAGGGUGUGCAAGAUCGCACCGACAGACAGAGUCAAGGAUUUAGGUAUGCCACUUGA